AGUCCUGUCUACCUAUUUAAUGCUAAAGAUGCUCGUCAUAUUUCGACAAGAACAAAACAAUAUGACACGUGACCUUUAGUCACCGCCCUUUCCGCAAGUUUAUCGAAUCGAUACAGCUCAGUAAACCGGAAGUAUUUGAACGUAUCGCGCGCGGGAAAUUACAGAAGUUUUCGUCUUCAGAAGAGAAAUGAAGGUGGUAACGUGUGAGAUUGCAUGGCACAACAAGGAGCCAGUCUACAGUUUGGACUUCCAGCACAGCUCUGAUGGACAUAUUCAUCGCCUAGCCACAGCUGGAGUUGACACGACAGUCAGACUGUGGCGGGUAGACAUGGGCCCAGACGGGAAAUCAGUGGUGGAGUUUUUGUCUACUCUGGCCAGACACACCAAGGCCGUCAACGUAGUGCGCUUUAGCCCUAAUGGAGAGCUGCUUGCCUCAGGAGGAGAUGAUGCAGCAAUUCUGCUGUGGAAGCUCAAUGACUCUAAGGAGCCUGAGCAGGUCCCUGUGUUCCAGGAGGACGAAGAUGCUCAGCUCAACAAGGAGAGCUGGUCUGUGGUCAAGACACUGAGGGGACACAUAGAGGAUGUAUACGACAUCUGCUGGACACGGGAUGGAAACUUCAUGGUGUCCGGGUCUGUCGACAACACUGCUAUUAUGUGGGACAUGAACAAAGGACAGAAGCUGUGUAUCUUGAAUGACCAUAAGAGCUAUGUGCAGGGGGUGACCUGGGAUCCUCUGGGGCAAUAUGUUGCCACCCUCAGCUGUGACAGGGUGAUGCGUGUGUACAGCACUCACACCAAGAAGAAGGCUUUCUGUAUUAGUAAAAUGAACUCUGGGCCACUUGCAGAUGGAGAGACCAAGCAGUACAGAAUGUUCCAUGAUGACAGCAUGAGGUCGUUUUUUAGACGUCUUUCUUUCACACCUGAUGGGUCUUUCCUGCUGGUCCCAGCUGGAUGUGUGGAGAUUGGAGAAAAUAUCAUAAAUACCACCUACAUCUUUUCAAGGAAGGGUCUCAAGAGGCCUAUUGCCCAUUUGCCAUGUCCAACUAAAGCUACACUGGCUGUGCGUUGCUGCCCUGUCUACUUCGAAUUGAAGACCAAGAAGGGAGAAGAUGGUUCUGCUCAGCCUCUUCCCAAUGUAUUCCAGUUGCCGUACCGUAUGGUGUUUGCAGUGGCAUCAGAGGACUCCAUCCUCUUGUAUGAUACUCAGCAGACGCUUCCUUUUGGCCUAGUGUCCAACAUCCACUACCACACACUCAGUGAUCUUACAUGGUCUCGUGACGGUUCCUUCCUGGCUGUGUCCUCCACAGACGGCUACUGCUCCUUCCUGUCCUUCUCACCCGGGGAGCUGGGCACUCCACUGAAGGAGCCCCCGACGCUGGAGGUCUUUGUCCCAAACAGUGGUGUUGAGAAAAAGGGCAAGAAGUCAGGCAAGACAUCACCUCCUGUGUCCCAGCCAUCAAGCUCAGCCCAGACUCCCACCUCCAAAACCAGUCAUGGCAAAGAUGCCACCUCUGUUACCCCCCCAGAGGAGAAGAAGAGUGCCCCCAGUGUUAAGUCUAAACCUCAGCCUCGUAGGAUCACCCUCAACACCCUGGAGGGCUGGGGCAAGCCCACUACACCUAAAGGAACUGCUUCUUUAGCACCUCAGAUGGCACUUGGAAGCACAAGCACACCAUCUACUCCCCAAGCACACAUUGCUCCCCUCACCCCCUCCAAUUCCUCCACAUCCCAGCCACGCAUCGCCCCCCUUACUCCCUCCACCCCUAAAGUCUUCAAUAGUGCCAGUACUCCUGGGCCCACAACUCCUAAGGGUAAAACCACCCCAAAGGGGCCUGCCCCAAGGAGAGUGUCUUUGACUCCCAUUGCAUCCCGAUCUCCAGCUGUUAGUUUACUGUCCAGCACUCCCUCCUCUACUGAGAAGGCCAAACACGAACGUCCGUCUCCUCCCACCGAUCCAGUAUGCCAGCCUCCAGAGUCCAAACGGCCCAAGAUCAGUGACCCCCCAGCAAAGCCCAGUGUCACCCAGGCGUAGCGUUUCCUGGGCGCAUUGUAUUGCUAGAUCACAGAAGAGUACAUACAGCAGAGCGCAGCAGUUAAAGAAGCUUCAGGACAAAACCACUGAUGUUCCAUAUGAAUCUAAUCCCAUAGUGCAACACCACUGCGUUUGGGCUGAUUUAUCUAUACUUGGUUUAACUACAUGAAGCUUUAACUUCUCAUAAUGUACUUGGGUACAAAGUGAACUGCAUUGCUGCAAGUGUUCUUGCUUUAAUUCAUUUAGUUGUGUGUUUUGUAUCAUACAGUAAACAUGUAAUGAGGUAGCCAUUGAAUUUAAUUUGUGUGAUAUUUAGAUACUUAAAUGCUGUUGUAAAAAAGGCUAAUUAUCUCACUUCUUAUCAAAAACAUAUGGUUUUGAACCUAAAACUGCACUCGACACCCGAAGGAGGAAAAAACAAGGUAAUGUGCUUCUUGUCCAAUAAAUGAUGUUUGCAGUAAA